CGUAAUAAGUGUAUUUGUGAAUGUUGGUACAUCUUUAUUUGGAAUGCUCGGUGUUCUUCUUCGAUAAAAGGAUUGCGGAUAAGCUGUACAAGCCAAAACGCAAGGAGACCAUGCUGGACCGGCUACGUGCCUGCAUCUCCCAGCUAGAGAAAAUGCGCCAUCCAAAGAUGCUGCAAAUCAUUCAUUCGCUUGAAGAAGGCCACAACACCAUCGCUUUCGCUUCGGAGUCAGUCUUGGCGAGUCUGCAUAACAUCUUGGCCUGGCAUGAGUCGUCGGUGACGCCUACUGGCCAGCAGCCAGUGAUGCCACACCCCAUAUCACUCGGGCCCCCCAGCGCGCAGCAGCACCAGGUCCUCCAGCCACCGCAGCGACCGCCUCACGCCAAGGAAUAUUCCUUCUUGGAUAUCGAGCUGCGUUAUGGAUUACUGCAAAUCAUCGAAGCGUUGCAUUACUUACACUACACGGCGAGACAAAUCCAUCGCAACGUGUGUCCCCAGGUUAUAAUAGUGACAAAACGUGGCACUUGGAAACUCUUUGGCCUGGAAUUUGUGGAAAAUAUCAUUGGAUCUGAUCCGACCGACAUGAUAUCAGUGCCGCCGUGGUCUAUCAAAGUGGCUAAGAUCUCGCAACCCAAUCUCGACUUUAUGGCCCCGGAAGUGCAAACUAACGGCCAUUGCAACAUACUGUCGGAUAUGUUCUCUCUGGGACUUGUGAUCUGCGCGGUCUUCAACUUCGGCAAGCCGCUUAUACAAGCCAACAACAAUCCCAUGCUCUACAUGAAGCAAAUUGAAUUCUUGGAUCAACAAGUGAACGCGAUGUUGCCGCGCCUGCCCGGUGCCCUCCAGGAGGCGGUGCAGAGGCUCCUCUCGCGGGACCCGCACCCCCGGCCUAGCACUCAGCUGCUGCCUUUGAUCAAAUACUUCAAGUGCCAAAGCGAGGCGGCCAUCCAAGCUAUGCAGUUCUUGGACGUGAUCACUAUGAAGGAUCCCAACCAGAAGGCAAAUUUUUAUCGCACCACUCUGCUUGACGCUUUGCCGUACAUUCCCAAGAAACUCCGUUGGCAACAUGUCUGGCCGGCGCUGCAGUUAGAAGUUCGAACUGCUGAGGUCCUAGCUGCGGUGUUGCAGCCCAUCAUCUGGCUUACCAAUGAGGCGGCUUCUGAAGAAUUUUCUCACUACGUUCUGCCGACCUUGAAUGCGUUCGUUUUCAGGAAUUUAAUGAAUACUCCAAAAAGCGUUCAAGCUUCAGUUACCAUUCUGGAGAACUUGCACAUUAUUCUGAAAAAAUGCCAAAAGCACGAGAUCAACAGUGAUGUGAUGCCGCUGCUCUACAACGGGCUUGAUAACAAUACCAACCAGAUUCAGACAGCGUCUCUGAUUGCCAUUCAAAAUGUGUCUGAUUAUAUUGAGGAUAAGGCGCUACAUAACAUCGUCCUUAGCAGAGUGAAAGUGGUACUCGAAAAGAAUCAAAGCGAUGUCAAAAUAAUAUGCCUCAUCCUUGGAUUCUAUGAGAAAGUGCUUAUAAGACUCGAAAGGACACACAUUCUUGAGCAGGUGAUUCCGACGCUCCUCAGCAUGAGAAUGAGCGACCCCGACAUCAUAAACAGAGUUGUCAAGUUGUACAAGUCCAUGCUCACCGAAAGAAAAUUUGGAUUGACAACCAGCGUGAUGGCCACCAAGAUGAUCCCGUCACUAGCUCCGCAGACUGUGAAUCCGGCUCUGAACGUUGAUCAGUUCACAAACCUUAUGGAGAUACUGUACGAUAUGCUCGACAAUAUCGACAAGAACCAACGUUUCAAGCUGAAAGUAGACAACUCGACGAGCCCGGAGCGACACCGACCUCUCCGCCAUCAGAUGAGUACUGACAAUAUGAACGCGCCACCAUUCAACAUUCCCAACCUCCGCGUAGAGCAGCGCAAGACGUCCAGUGCUGAGGACAUGGCUCGCAAGAACUCCAUGAGUGGGCCUAGCGGAACUGGCAGCGUAGGCGGCUUCAAAAGCACAGGAAUUGGUCAAUGGUUCUUCGGCUCCAGCAAUUCCACUAACAAUGACAACAACUUUCUGCGUGUGGCGAGUGCAUUUCCCAACCGCCGUCUGUCAGAUAACACUCUAAUGACGCCUAAAAUUCGCAUCGCCCCAUCGUGCGCGUCCUCCCCGGGCGGUACCCCGGGAGGUAACUCGGGCCUGCCCACUCGCCGGCACUCGAGCAUUGGGCCACAGGAACGCCGUGGAUCUGCCGUUAAUCUGUCGCCUCCUACUGGUGGUUCGAUGCCGAACACGUCUUCAAGCGUGCCGUUCCUGCUGACGUCAUCGAUGCAGUCGAUCCGAUCGCGCCGGCCCUCCGCCUGCCUCAGCAGCUCACAGGGUUCUGGCAUCCUACAGCAACUCAGCAGCGGCAUGUACCAGCUGUUUUCCGGGCGUUCGUAAAGAAUUUGAUUAACAUUAGAGCCGCGUAGCGUAAAUCGAGUGCGGGUUGGCACAAGCGCCGGGCCGUGCGAGUACGCGCGUCGCCCGCGCUUCCCGCGCCUUGCCCCGCGCACCUCGCCCCGCGCCCCGCUCGCCGAUCGCCGCCCGUCCGCGCCUCAUCGCCGCAUACGCUGCUCCGAACUGAUUCAUGAGCUUCAUAUUAUUAACUAGAAAUCUUACCAAUUUCCAACAUGUAAAUUAAAUGUUAUCACAAACGCAAGUAGUUACUUAUCUCUUUCGGUAAAUUUACUGCGACUAUCUAUCACCUGUUAAAUUAGUGUUGUGUACCUAUCGGCCUAACGGAAUUUGGGACUUCGCUGUUCGAUGUCAAUUUUGAGCUUAAUAAGUUCAAUGAACAAUUUCAUAGGUACAAAUGCAUGCUUAUUGGUGGAAUGCUCCGAAUGCCGUCAAAUAUAAUAUAAAAUAAAUUAUUUUAUACCUACUGCUGGUACUCACUACAUUCUUAAAAUAAUACUAUAUACUUACUAUAAACUUUUAUUUAAAAAAACACUAUUUAAAUAGUAGGUAUGCUUAUGUAAGAUUAAAUAAAAAAUAUAUUAUGGCUGGUAUAAAACAUGAUACUAUUAUUCAGUGCAUACGCUAACUCUAUAAGUAUUUGAAAUGAAUGAAGCUCGCACUCUUAUUAAGCUUUAAUAAAAUCACUUAUUAUAAAACAUAACUAAACAAAAAAUAUUAGAGUACAGUUAUUCGUAAACAACUUAAUCAUCGGUACGUUGCUAUUCACGGUAAAAAAAAUGUUUAUUCAUCGUAUUUAGUAACUACAACGUGUUUCGCACAUUAACAAAUAAAAGCACAGAAAAAUCACAAAUUAGAAAAUUCGAAUAGUUAUAAUUUUGUUUAUAAAAUAAACAUUCCCUGAAACGUUAUGACUACCAUGCCUUCGUCAAAUUUUAUACAACUUAAUAAUUAUAUUAUAUACGUCACUAAAUAUAAAUUGAAUAAGCGGUCUUUUGUGCAUAAACUGCCACUUUUGCCGUGCUCACAAACAAGCCAGACUUCCGUUGAUCACGUCGGAUACAUUUUGGCGGUGCCCAUGAUGACAGAAUCAAUAUGAAAGCGUUAACUAAUGAUCUACGCGUUUGACACUUAAGAUUUAAGGACAAGGACGGUAAACACUGAUACUUAAUCAUUGGUUUCAAAAGUUUAUAAAACAUUCGAGGUAAUAGUUAUUAUAUGUUUUAAUCUGCAUUAAAAAUGUCGUCUACAUAUAAAAAAAAAUUUGUCUCCAACACACUCAUUCACAUGAUAAAAUGUCAACAUCCGAUUUAAUUUAAAAAAAUAUAUCACUCGCUAGAAUCAUUCAGUCGCACCACUCAGGAUUCCACGAACCUUAACACUCAGUUUACAAAAAAGCCAUACACAAUACCGUAUUUUAUAAAUAUCAAUAUAAAAAGAACUCUGGCAAAAAUUACCGCCGCAUCACAAGGACAUAUCGCGUAGUACAUGUAUGACAAAUUACGACCUGCAUUACAAAUUUAAUACCCCAUACAUGAUUAUGAUAUUGUAUUCAACUUAAAGGCAGUACCUAUAGAUUACUACCAAAAUAAUUAUUAAUGAUAUUUGAUUAUUUAAACGUAGUAGGAGCACAACAUAAUAUAUGUAUGUAUACCGUGUGCAGCUUUUUCGGUGUAUUUAAAAUAUUAUAUUAUUAAUAAUAGUAUAUUUCAUAACAAUCGGUACGCAUACAAUAUUAUCUGUUUGCGGGAAGUUGGUGGAAUACGCGCGCAAGACUUGCACGUUAUUACAAUGGCAUAUAUUGUACUUGCUCAUACAGCAUACUCAGCUUUUCAUCAGACUGCAAAUAUAUCAAGUAUCCUCAUUUUGGCUGAUGCAAAAAUAAAAAUCAUACGGACUGAUUGACGACGCUAUUGGACGGCGCAGCGCAAGUCUGAGAGGCGGGCGGUACGCUGAAUUUGCGCUUAUAAGCAACACUAACUGUGCUUACAUAAUAAGUGGCGAGUUAAGUCUGAUAUGAAAUGUGGAGGAAGCAGUUACAGAAUUUAAAUGCACGUAGUAAAGCCUAGUGUCAACGGUUAUUAUAACGCGAACCUAUGUAAGUUAACAACUACUAUGCGUUCAACAAAAUAUAAAAUUCCAAAAAAGAUUUCCAACAAUUUCGGCGUAGUUUUCACAGGAAUCCCUUUUUCUUUAUAAUUUUUACAUAUUAUUAAAUAAUGUACCUAUUUCCAGAAUUGUACAUACUACAUCAUGCAAUAUUCAUAAUAUACUUACACUUUUAGAGCGUAAAUAUGAAAUUCGCAUGCGACCACAUAUUCUUUGAAGUCAACUGAACUUUAGUACAUUAUAUACACUAGCUUAUAAUAUGCCUUACAGCAUUCUGAGUUUGAAAUUUAAUGUUGUUAUUGCCAUUUUUUUAAGUUGUAUCUAUUAGACAUCAAUUAUAAUUUGGUGAUCUUAGUGAGAAAUGAGAAUCAUCCAUCCAUUCAGCUGCCGCGUAAAAUUUGUAAAUUUUUUUUUGCAAAUAAGUUUGUUGUUGUUAUUGCUUUCUUUUAUAUCUAAACCCUUUAUUUACAAUAUUGAUGAUAUAAAUUACAUUUAUUAACUGAUAUAGCAUUUAAUAUGUAAAAAAUAAAUAAAACUGUUAGAUCCUUCCGAAAACCACGCUGUGUUUUGAAAAUCAAAAUGGUUAGGAACACAGAUAAAAAUGAUAAUCCAAAUUAUCUUUGUAAAGCGGGCAUGUCACAAAGUUUCACCUAAGGCGUAUAGCAAUCCCAAAUUACGAUAAACGGUGUUCAAGAAUUUGUCAAAUUGUUAGUGGUGACUAUUCUGUUCUCCCAAGAUAUUUCAGAACUUCGUAACGUCUAUUUGAUUAGAAUCAGCAUGACCAACUCAUGAAAAGGUGAGUUACAAGUUAGCCUGCUUACAAUAAUACACCGUACGUACACUUUCAAGUAGUGAAGAUGGAUGUAAAAUGAUGUCCUGCUUGUACAAGGUUUCACAUUGCACAGCAAGAUCACAAUACACUCAUUAUUCCUAGACUUCUUAAGUGUCGUACGUUCGCAAGUUAUUCGUUUUUAAUAUUGACUAUUAGGAAAUUCUGUAAAAAAGCAUUACAAAACAAAGUAAUCAAGCAUUGGUAAUGGUGAAAUAAAAAAGCCUAUGCCUAAAGGUUAAGGUACCUAACUGAAAAAAUACUUAAUUUGUACAUAUCAUUAAAAAUAAUUCAUCGGUCCGGUGACAGAUAUUAUGUAUAGAUAGAUCGGCUCCACACAUCUUUGUCAUCACACGUACUCUGUUAUUAUGGCUUAUAUGGUUACUUUACAUAUUAUCUACAAAUACAUUACCGAUAUUAAUAAACAUUCGAGAUUGGUUCGAUCAUUGGUUUGAGUUUGAGAUUGGUUCGAUCCACUGUUCAAAUAAUCACUUUUAAUCUGAAUCAAGGUUCUACCAAAGUGGACUGUCAGUUUGAUGAUUAUAAAGGUAUCGUCGAGUGAUAUACCAUUUCUCAUCCUACUUAUUCUUUAACACAAUCGAUCUGAUAUCAGACCAAUAUCACGAAUUGAACACGGGUUGAACAUUUAACGCCCACCUAAGGAUAGACCUAUCUACAUAUCAGUGCACCUACUAAAAUUAACCAGUAGAAUUCCUUCUGAAUAAAUAUAUUUAUUUCCAAUAUAUUAUGUACGUUAUAAAAUACGGAAAAAAAAUAUAUUUUAACGACGAAUUUUGUUCACGAAAGCAAUAAAUUGCCCAUGCCGUUGAAUAUUUCAAAUAUAUAUUCAAGUUAACAUUCAUUGCAAUAUAUUAUAAAAUAAUAUAUUUUGUUAAAAUCUUUGUAUGCAAUGGAUAUUUUCUUCAAAUGGUUAAAAAGAUAUCAGUAUGCUAUAUUAUAUUUGUUAGGUAACUUAUAAGAAUGUCCAGAAAGUGAGAAGUAGAAAAUAAGCAAAAAUAUAGCCUGAUAUGUCUAAUAAAUAUUAUCUAUAUAUUACUACUUAUUGUUAUAUGAAUUAUGAAUUAGAAUUAUUAUAUUGGUGUUGUGAAUAAUCCUUUGUAAACUUUGCCUUCACUAUUUUUAUCUCUCAGAGAUUUAUUCGUAUUUAUAUGAUUCAUUAAUUAAAAAGAGAUUUAGGACAUUUAAGAUUUAAUCAAUUUCCGAACACCGUACGAGCUACACGAAAUUGAGAACGAGAUUGGGUAGCAUAAAAUCAGACGAUUAAAUUUCGGAUAUUCAACUUUAAACUUGCAAGUAUUAAGAAUAUAUAUCACACCUAACAAGUCCAAAUUAGAUAUUAUCAGUAAGAAAAACCUAUAUCAAAUAUGAAUUACAACAUACUCAUAUACUUCUAGUGAGUAAAUGUUUAAUCAUCAACAUAAUAUAAUAUAUACUAAUGUUAGAGGUAGAAGAUGUAAACGUUUGCCUAUUUGUGAUAAUAUACUUAUCAAAGCUACUCACGCUUUUUCAAUCCAAUUUGUCUAUAUCCGCUAUACUUCCCGAUAAGUACUUACGCUGCAUAAUAGAUUUCAGUGACAAGUAUCUUUCAUUUAAUAUUCUAUCCUUUUAAUGUUGUAGAAGAAAUAACUAUGAAAGUUUAUGAAUUCUUGUGAGGGUUGUGGUGUUUGCUCAGUGUUAGACUAUGUGAUGAGUAUUAUGUGGAAUGUAUCUUCACCAACAUACAUUUCACUCUUUAAAAUAAUGGAUGUGAUUAUAAACGUACAUAAAAUAUAAUAUAUAGGAAUAAUAAGUAGUUAACCACUGAUAUAUAGUUAAUAAUAAUUUUAUUAUAAUAUUGUGCUAUCUUGUGAUCUAUCUCUAUGUAUAGACUUCCUUAACCUCGAGUGCUUUCUUUUCUACGAAAUAUUAUAUAUAUAUAAUAUGCUACGUGUCAUUGAUGUUGUUUGUUAAGAUUUACCUAUAGGCAUUUAAUAUACAAUCACAUCUGAGCUUAUCGAGGUAAAAUUUAAAUAAUUAGUAUUACUACUUCUACUCUAGAAGAAUAAAAAAAUACUUGAUUUUUGUUUACACUAUAGUCUAUUAUAAUCUAUAUUGAUGUUAUAUAUCUAUUUAGAUGAUGUACUUAUAUCUUUGAAAAUCUUACUCGAUUCAACAUAUUGUAACAAUAAAGUUUAUUUUCGAGG